ACUGUCUCCUCCACUCCUCUCUUUCUCCCAGUCCACUGUCUCCUCCCCUCCUCUCUCUGCUAGUGCUAACACCCAAUGCCGUGCGAGGAGGCGAGCAUGGCAAGAAUCCGUCGCCUCGGUAUCCUGCUGCUCACGCUGGCGUGUUCCACCUUGGGGGUCGCCGCGGCCGAUUCCGAGUCCGGCGAGAAGCUGCGCACCAGUUUCCAUUUUCAACCAGCACGCAAUUGGAUUAACGAUCCAAACGGGCCAAUGUACUACAGGGGUUUCUACCACCUGUUUGUGCAGUACAACCCCACCGGGCCCCACUGGAGGAACAUCGUGUGGGGACAUGCGGUUUCAAGCGACCUCCUGAGCUGGGUAUUUCUGGAGCCGGCCAUAGCUCCCUCUGCUCCGUACGACGCCAAAGGCACCUGGUCAGGCUCGGCGACCGUCCUGCCGGACGGCAGGAUCAACCUCAUGUACACUGGAGUCCAAGUUCACGGACGACAGGUUCAGAAUCUCGCCGUCCCGAGGAACUACUCCGACCCAUUUCUCCGCGAGUGGGUGAAAUCACAACUCAACCCAGUGAUCGUCCCGGGGGCCGGUGUCAACUCCACUGAAUUCAGAGACCCGAGCACCGCGUGGAGAGGCGCGGACGGACUCUGGCGGGUCCUGCUUGCGACGAAAGACCAUCGCCGGCAUCUGGUCCUCCUAUACAGAAGCACAGACUUCACGCAUUGGUCGGCGGCAAGACGGCCGUUCCACGAAGGCCACACGGGAAUGGUCGAAUGCGCGGAUUUCUUUCCGCUGAGCUCGGCCGGCAGUGUGAAGCACGUCUUGAAGAUCAGCGUCCUGGAGAGCCGCCGCGACGUGUACUUUCUCGGUGCGUAUGAUGACAGCACCGACAAGUUCCUGCCGGACGACGGCAACGACGACGGGCUCCAGCUGGAUUUCGGCAUUUUUUACGCGUCAAAGUCAUUUUUCGACCCUUCAAGGCGCCGUCGAGUCGUGUGGGCCUGGGCCAAAGAACAAGACGCGACGGCCGACGACGAGCAGAAAGGUUGGGCGGGGGUGUUGGCCAUACCCAGGGAGGUAUGGCUGGCGCACGACGGCAGACAGCUGAUGACAUGGCCUGUCGCGGAGGUGGACUCCCUCCGCACCAACCGGGUCCACAUCGCGGACAUGACCAUACAGUCCGGCGACUAUUUCGAGAUUGCGGGGCUCCAGUUGCCUGCCCAAGCCGACUUGGACGUGGAGUUCCAGGUGAGCAACUUGGAGAGAGCCGAGCCCUUCCAGUGGCGAGCGGCUGAGGCCGCGGACCUCUGCGCGGCGAGGGGGGCCGAUGUCCAGGGCGGCGUCGGCCCCUUUGGGGUCUGGGUGCUGGCUUCCCGCGACCUACGCGAGAGGACCGCCGUGUCUAUAAGCGUUUUCAAGGCCGACGAAGGGAAGCACAUGAUCCUCUUCUGCAACGACGUCUCGAACUCUUCGUAUUCGGACCAAGUGGACAAACACAACUAUGGUGGACUCGUUCAACUCGAUCUCGCCAAAGCCGGGGGAAGGAUCAGUCUCCGUACUCUGGUUGACAAUUGCAUAGUUGAAGCGUUCGGAAGCCACGGCAAGAUUGCCAUCCUCUCCAGGGUCUACCCCACCUCGGCUGUUGGGAACAAGGCGCGUGCUUUCGUUUUCAAUAAAGGGAAGUCAACCAUCGUGGUUUCAAGACUAGAUGCCUACGAUAUGGCAUCUGUCAAAAUCAGCUGAUCUGAUGAGAUACCUGUUGAUGGAGUGCUGUGAUCAUGGUUAUAAUACCCCCGGAAAUAAGGCGAGAGGAUUUGAAGACCUUGAAUAAUAAUUUGUUUUUUUUGAGCCAAUUGAAUAAUAAUUUGUACUUGGUACUCACUGAGACCGUGGUACGAAUAAUACGUUUCCACCUUGUGCUUGCUUGCC